AUGGCCGGUGGUUUUCUGGCAUACCACGAACCCGGAAUCGUUGAUAUCCUCAUCCUCAUCUCCUUUUUCUAUAUCUUGUCGCUCGCAGAAUGGAUCUCCGCCAGGAUCCUGCGGGCCGGCAUUGUCGGCCAGAUCGCCGUGGGGAUCAUCUAUGGGAAACCGUUGGCUGAUAUCCUCGCGUUGGACUGGCAGGAGACCUUUCUGACGCUGGGGUAUAUCGGGUUGAUUUUGAUUAUCUUUGAAGGAGGAUUGAGCGCGCGUCUUGACCUGCUCAAGGACAGUUUUGUCCUAAGUAUGUUUGGCGCUGCCACGGGGGUCUGUGUUCCCAUCGGACUCUCUUAUCUUCUUUUGUAUCUUGGGUUCGGCUACGGAGCUGUGGAAACCUUCAUCAUUGGGGCGGCACUUUCGGCGACUUCUCUAGGCACCACAUUCGCCGUGAUUUCCUCGGCAUCCAAAACGGUCGAUCUCGCUCAAACACGCGUGGGCGCGGUCCUAGUCAGCGCGGCGGUGAUCGACGACGUAGUCGGGCUCGUCAUGUCCAGCGUGAUCCACAACCUCAGCCGCCUAACCGAGUCCCCGGGAGACGUGAACCUAGGCUGGCUGAUCGGACGACCGAUCGUAGCCUCGAUCGGCAUGGCCAUCGUAACCCCCCUCGUAACCAAAUACCUCUUCGCCCCGCUCUUCCGACGUUACAUCGAAGACCACUUCGCGCGCUACGACCACGUCUCCAACAUCUGCCUGAUGGUCCUGGUGUUAUGCGCCUUCCUGACGAUCGCUGCCUACACAGGGACCUCGGUGCUCUUCGGUGCCUUUCUGGCGGGUACCUUCCUGUCGUACCUGCCCAGCACGCACCCGGACGCGCCCUUCGUGGUCAUGAGCCGCGAGGAGGGCGAGCGCGAGGCCCAUAAGAGCCCUACCUUUGUGCAUACCUUCGAGCGCUACCUCAUGGAUGUCCAGAAAUAUCUGAUGGAGCCGCUGUUCUUCGCGAGUGUCGGCUUCGCGAUCCCGUUUGUGCAGCUGUGGACGGGGAAGCGGAUCUGGCGGGGGAUUGUGUUCAGUUUGUUGAUGGUCUUUGCGAAGGUACCCCCUCCUUUUUCCGUGAUAAAGGGCCGCAGGGCGUUCAUCGUAGGCAUCUGGAUCCCCCUCUGGGGAGCGCUACCCACCCAACGUCUGCAAAGACGAAGCCGCAAAGCGCGCAAUGAAGCGAGCGAAGCGGAGCGCAGCAACGCCACCACCCACCCGCCAUCCGACGCGGCCUCGCGAUGGCUUCUCCCUGCGCUUCUGCUGGGGUCUGCGAUGGUUGCGCGCGGCGAGAUCGGGUUGUUGAUUAUCGAGGUCGGGUAUAAUGAGACCGCGUACGUGAGUGAAGACGGGUUCAUCACGGGCGUGUGGGCUAUCCUGUUAAAUACUAUCCUGGGGCCUGUGGGCGUGGGGUUGAUUGUUAAGCUUUAUGGGGAGCGGAUUGUGGAGGGGGAGUGGGGGUUGCAAGUUCGGUCUCCCGGGAGUUGA